AUGAGUGAAAGUUGUGAGGACAAAUUUACAGUAUUUUCAGGGAUGUUUUCUUUAAUAUUUAAAAACUCAGAAGAAGGAUCAAGUUUGCGACUUCCUAAUAUAUUUUCCUAUGAAGACAGUGAAGCCGAAAGAGAGGAGCCAAAAGAAAAUGAUCAAAAGGCUUCCAAAAGCGGGCAAGGAAAAGGCACAAAAAAGAGGAUUACAGCUUGCCCUCAUGCAAAUAAAAGACACUAUGCCAAGAAUAUGUGCAGCAAUUGCUAUCAUAAAAGUGGGAGACAAAAAAAGGCCUGAACUUGCCUACACAAGGACCGGCAGCUCUACGCUAAGGGAAUGUGUCAGUUUUGCUACUUACAGAGCUAUCAUAAGUCUAGAUCAUGUAAAAGCAUCAAGACAGAAUACUCAAAUAUUUAA